UCUCUUACAUCACGCUUCGAAAUGUCCAGUCAUCUUAUGGUAGAUUCUGGCAUCGUCUACGUGCGACAGACAUUAGAUACAAAUAGCUAUGGUUUAUGUUUCUUAUGAUGUUGUGACGUGCUGGAUAAACGCUGAGAUGUUUUUGUAAUAUAGUUUUAUUUUAGUGGUGAAUACAGAGAGUGAACAUGGCUGCGCCCGGAGGACCGAGGGGUUCAACAACCUCCAGCCCGCCAGGGUUUGAAGGCUUCCCGUUUCCAAUGACAGCCAAACCAUCCGAGGACAAAAGUGGUAAAGAGCAAGAGCAAAGUGGUGAUGUUAAAAAGAAGCCGUGCCGAGCGUGUACGGACUUCAAGAGUUGGAUGAAAGUCCAGAAACAGGCGGCAGCAGCAACAACAACAGCACAGAACUCACCCAUAGAACCAGAGUCACAGCAAGAUCCUGAGUGUCCCCUGGACCGUCAAGAGCUGGGUCGUAACACCUGGUCUUUUCUGCACACCAUGGCUGCAUAUUACCCUGACCAUCCAACAUCUACACAGCAGCAUGAGAUGGGACAGUUCAUCAACCUUUUCUCCAAAUUCUUCCCAUGUGAAGAGUGUGCAGAGGACCUCAGACACAGACUGAAGACAAAUCAGCCGGACACUAGCAGCCGCCACUCUCUUUCCCAAUGGUUCUGUCGUCUUCAUAAUGAUGUAAACGUACGAUUAGGGAAGCCAGAGUUUGACUGCUCUCGCGUGGAUGAAAGGUGGAAGGAUGGAUGGAAGGAUGGAUCCUGUGACUGAUACAUUCAGAUUAAGCUUUGAAACUUGAAGACCAAAAAUAUCGACAUGUAUGAUUCACUGAAACUGAAGAGAAUAUCUGGCAAAGUUUUCAUAAUAACAUCAUCAUUACAAUUCUCUCAGAUUAGCUCUGGGUUGUUAAGUAUAUAUAGAUAUAAAAAGUGUACAAUAUGACCAGGAUAAUUGUGCAGAUACUACUAGGCUAUAUACAUUUUUGUGAAGUUCCUAUUUUUGUACUGAACAUGUGUCUAUGUGAUUGGGCAACUUUUGUCAUAAUACUGCUGUGGAAGGAGAGCCCUAAUGCUAAAAUGCUCAAACUAAGCUGGUUUUAACCAGUUAACAAUAAAGUGUAUCUAAGAUGUGACUCUGAA